UUGCUCAGCCUCAGCCUGCAGAUUCAUCAUAGCUAAGUCGUAUCACCACUUAGGACGCGCCCCAUAUCCUUUCCGUUGGUAAGCAUACAUCCCCAUGUUAUUUCAGACCGUUGUAAACGGUGGGUCUCAUACUGUUGAUACUUACUUGCAGUCUUACCAGGUUUGAAGAUGUGGAGCGAGUUCAUCCCUGGCCCUAUCAAGCAGAGCGACACAAGAGGGUCCGUUAAGAAGCCGACGGGACCCGCCAUCAAGCCUCGAUGAGUGUAAGCUGCCAUCACGUCGGUUUCGUGGCGGUUGUCGAUGCUGUGAAAAAGGUGUGUGUCGUGAUCAGAUUCAUUUCAUACGAGAGCUUAGUGGAUAACAACUUUACAAGCGAAAUACAUCGGCUAUGACUGCCCUGUAUGACGACACAAGGCGUCGACUCUGCCGUACGACGUGUUCUGUCAUUCGCUCGAAUCCUCGACCCGUGGUUGCUGCGACGCUAUGUAUUCGUAACAAACAUGCUUCUCGCGUACUGAGCAUAAUUCGGACUUGGGUGGCUUGGAGGCACCGGAACCAUCCUUCACUGCUGCGACUGAGUCGUCACCAUCCCAUGUCCACUCAUUGUUGCUACAUAGCCUGGCCAGACAUCUGGGACAGCGCCGCCAUCGGCCUGUUGAUGAUCUGUCCCUAUUUGCUCAUCGUCGACGGCGGUGCAGUACUAUCAGGCUGUUGGCACCAGUCGAUGUGUGUGCAUCGCACGGAUACCCUGGCCUUCAUUCUGGCUGAACAUUGUCCCGACGUGCUGCUCAUACAUCAACAAGGCGUACGAAGUAGUAGAUUUCAGUAUUUUAUCACGAGAGGAAGUGUGGGACACUGAGAGAGCGACACGUCGGACACCCACUAGUCACCCGCUGACCGUCUCCUCGUCAUAUUGUCCUGCUGUAUGAUCAACUCAGCCCCUAACAUGUCUUUUGUCUCUGUACUGUCAGCCGACUCGGUGACACCUGCUUCGACCUAAUUGUUCCCCCAAUCAAUUGCGACAUCCAUAA